CCUGUUUGUCUCCGCAUGUGAAAGAGAAGUCUUCAUUUUAUUCUCUCAUACUAGUUUAAAGAAAAUAGCAUCUGAGAUUUCUCAAAAUGGAUUCCGAAAUUUUCGACUUUAUACGAAACUAGUACCUCUUUUGUUCCAUGUAUUUGGGAUGUCUCUUUUCAUUUGUUUAUUUUUUUAAUUCUUGCUCCUUGUCUAACAGUCACUCCUUCUCCCUUCUCCCCCUCCCUACCCAUAUGGUUUAUUCCAUUUCAGCAAGCGUCGAUCCGGGAGCUAGUUCUGACGUCACUAGCUGAUCUUUAGGGAGGUGUUAAUCGAGGCGUUUACUCAAAUUUUCGAUUGAAAAAUUUAUUUUUGUGCCUUAUUUUUUGUUUUUAACUUGUAUAUUCAUCUUCAAAUCUGCAACUUCAGCCUGCUAAGUUUACAUGAUAAAAGCAUCAAAUCAUCGAUUGUCUGCGCCAUUACUUAAAGCAGAAUUAAAGAGAAGUUGAGCUAAGAAAUGAAAUCAGCUGACAGAUAUCACUCUUGAUAGUGGUUGCCGCUAUCAAGUACUUUGCAGCAUUUGUUCGUAUUGUGAGGUGCUGUUACUGCAAUUACUGUGACAAAAUAAAUAUAGGCUUUUAUGUUAUUCUCUCAUAACUAAAGUUUGCUUCUUAAUCUGGAUUAGAGGAUUUAUGAAAUUGGGGUUCCAGAAAAAAAAAUGAAAACUGGCUGCUUUAACAACUCAAAAGGAAAUUUGAGAUGAAAUAGUGAAUGACCUAUAAAUCAUUUGUAUUUAAAGGUAAUAGCGCCAUAAUUGUUGUCCUGUUAAAGGAAAAUAUUGUACAAACAAGCAUUUUAGAGAUCAGAAUUAAUGUGCUACGAUCUUCAAGUGUAAUUUUUCUCUUUUUAUCAUUUUUGUUAUUCCAUUUAAUGAAAGUAAUUGUAAAUUGAUCACUUAUCCAAUUUAAGGACUAAUUAAUAAGUAGUUUCCUAGUGUUGAGAUCUUAUUUUGAAAUUAUAAUUUGUAUCUAUAUAAAUAUUCUGUGAUUUUUCUUUUAGAUAUAUAAUUAUGAACAUGUACUAUAUUAUAUUAGAAAAAAUGUUGCAGUGUUUGAACAUUGAAAAGCUGUAUUCAUAAAUUGUUGUUUUAUGUUUUAGCAUUUUAUUACAGUGAAAGAUAUAUCUUAUACUACAUAAUGGCUGUAGUACCUACUAUCAGCAUUCCUAAUCAGCCUGCCCAUAUACCUGAUCAUUGCCAUAUAUAUUUCAUGGGUAUGAAACCACAUCACUUAUAUCCUCAGAGUGGAGAAGUCUUAUUUCCUUGUAAUUAUUGUAGCAAAUCUUUCACUCAUCAGGAUAAACUGAAUGAUCAUGUUAAAUUGCAUACUGGAGAUUCUCCCUAUGUUUGUCAUCACUGUAACAAAGGUUUUACUCGUAAAGAUAAAUUAAAUGCACAUUUACUCAUACAUACUGGAGAACGUCCACAUACCUGCACACAGUGCCCCAAAACAUUUGCACGUAAAGAUAAAUUAAUUGCACAUAUGUGUACUCACACUGGAGAGCAUCCUUUUACCUGUCAGCAUUGUGGUAAAGGAUUUGCUUGGAAGGAUAAACUUAUUAAACAUGUAAGAGUUCAUACUGGUGAGAAACCUUAUGCUUGCAAUUACUGUGGCAAAGCCUUUGCUCAAAACGAUAAGCUUGUUACUCAUUUGAGAAUUCAUACAGGUGAGCGGCCAUUUGUUUGUAAGCAUUGUGGCAAAGGUUUUGCUCGAAAUGACAAAUUGACCACACAUGUUCGAUUGCAUACUGGUGAGAGACCUUUUGUUUGUUCACAGUGUGGUAAAGGCUUUAUUCAGAAAGAUAAAUUAACCACUCAUAUGUUUACCCACACUGGUAAUUAUCCUUAUACUUGUGUUCAUUGUAAUAAAGGAUUUGUGUGGAAGGAUAAGCUAAUCAAUCAUGUUCGUACUCAUACUGGAGAACGGCCGUAUGUUUGUAAAGAAUGUGGCAAAGGAUUUGCUCAGAAUGAUAAGUUAGUAACUCAUACUCGAAUUCACACUGGUGAGCGACCUUUUAAAUGUAAACACUGUGGCAAAGGAUUUGCCCAGAAAGAUAAGUUAACUGUCCAUACCCGGAUUCAUACCGGAGAACGACCCUAUGUAUGUAAAAUGUGUGGAAAAGGUUUUACUCAGAAAGAUAAACUCACCACACAUUUCAGAAUACAUACUGGGGAAUGUCCAUUUGUAUGUCAGCAUUGUGGAAAAGCUUUUUCUAAAAAAGAUAAGCUAACAGUUCAUACUCGAUCACAUACAGGUGAGCGGCCAUACGUGUGCAAGCAUUGCAGUAAAUCUUUUGCCAGAAAUGAUAAGCUGACUGCUCAUAUUCGAACUCAUACUGGUGAGAGACCAUUUGCAUGUGGGCAGUGUGGGAAAGCCUUUGCUACCAAAGGUAAACUCAAUUUACAUUCAAAAACUCAUGCAGGAAAGCCUUCUUUCAAAUGCAUACAUUGUGGCCUUCUGUUAGAUUCAAAAGAUAAGCUCAAUUCACACCUUCUUAUUCAUGAUGUUAAAUAUCCUUUUGUGUGUAAUCAUUGUGGUGCUGGAUUCAAUUGCAAAGAUAAAUUGAGCACUCAUAUAUUGAUUCAUAUAACUGAGAGCACUCAUGCUGCUCUUAUUGUACACUCUUUGCUUGGAAAAUCUCCAAUGUUGAAAAAUCCCUCCAUAGGUGUUGAAAUGGCUGUAAAUAUGGCAGAUAUAACGAGCCUCCACAUUCCAACUACACAACCCCACACCGACUGUGAACAUUGUCGUGUGUAUUUUGUGGACAUAAAAACACACCAGUUAUAUACGCAGACUGCACAAGAACAAAGGCCUUUUGCAUGUAACCAAUGUGAUAAAAGCUUUACACGUAAAGAUAAACUUGGCAAUCACUUACGAAUGCAUUCUGGUGAAUGUCCCCAUGUCUGUAGCCAUUGUAAUAAAGCUUUUGCACGCAAAGAUCAGCUCAAUGCCCAUAUUCGGAUACACACUGGUGAGAGGCCUUAUGUUUGUAAUUUGUGCAGUAAGGGUUAUACAAGGAAGGACAAACUUGGGGCCCAUAUGUAUGUUCAUACAGGAUUGCAUCCGUAUCAUUGUCAGCAUUGUGGUAAAGGAUUUGCUUGGAAAGAUAAACUUACAAACCACAUAAGGAUACAUACAGGGGAACGCCCUUUCGUGUGUAAAUACUGUGGGAAAACCUUUGCCCAAAAUGAUAAGCUUACAACUCACAUUCGAAUUCACACUGGUGAACGUCCUUAUGUUUGUAAACAUUGUGGUAAAGCAUUUGCUCGUAAAGAUAAACUAGGUGCUCAUAUGUGUAUACAUACUGGUGAACAUCCUUAUAAUUGCCAACACUGUGGAAAAGGAUUUGCCUGGAAAGACAAGCUAACAAAUCAUAUACGCAUACAUACGGGUGAGCGUCCAUUCGUCUGCAAACAUUGUGCUAAAGCGUUUGCACAGAAAGACAAACUGACUGUCCACGUGCGCAUUCACACGGGAGAGAGGCCUUUUGUUUGCAAACACUGUGGCAAAGCUUUUGCGCGAAAUGAUAAGCUGACAGCCCAUGUACGUAUGCACACAGGAGAAAGACCUUAUGUGUGUGUUCAUUGUGGAAAGGCUUUUGCCAUGAAAGGAAAACUUAAUACACACAUGCGAAUUCAUACUGGGAAGCAUCCUUAUACUUGUAACCAAUGUGGAAAAGGCUUCAAUCGAAAAGACAAACUUAAUGCUCACUUGUUGAUUCAUCUUGGUGGGGGUUCCUGUGCAGCUCUUGUAACAAAACCACUUCUUACUAAAAUUCCAGAAUUAACAUUACCUGGACCACCCAUGUUGCCAGCACCAGACACAAAACCUAUGGUUGCUGCGCCUCCUCCACAAUAAUUCUACAGAAUACUUUAUCUAUGUAUAGAUAUUUUACAUAAUUAAAAUGCGCUGCAUUCGGUUUGUGAGGGGUUUCAUGAGAUAUUUUCAAUCCCAUGUAGUAGAUCUCUACACUUGAUGAUGACUAUCCAAACUUAUUCAAAUUAAUUUGAAGCUCUCUUGGAAGAUGUAGCUUUAAAGGUGUAUGUGGAGAUAGGAUGGCGGCUUUGAAUUAAAAUCAUUAUAUGCUUUUGAGAAUCCCCUUUCAUCAUACAUGGGUCCAGAGGUAACUGUGCCUCAUAGCAGCUAGGCCAAUAUUCUCUGAUCUUAUGUAAAUUGCCAAGCGCCUUUUUUGUUAUGCUGUUACCAUUAAGAUUAAUAAAUUGGUUUAAUGAAAUUAAGUGGUUCCAGAAUUUAUUUUAUUCUACUCUAUCUAGAAUUAAAAAUUUACCUGUGAUGCACAACUUUAUUUAACAUUCCCUACCUCCCAUAUAUCCACGCUGAUUAAUAUAUGAAUCAAAAAGAUUGCUUAUUAUGCAUUUAGUUUUUUUGCAUUGAUAUUUUUGUAAAUAUAAUUUGUGACUGAAGGUUCGUUAGUAUAAAAAAAGUCUGCAUUCAUUUUUGGGAGGAGGGGGGGACUAAUGAGGCUCUUGUAGGUUUUGUAACCUCUCCUGUCCCUUUUUCCUCUUGUAAAAGAAAGAAAAGCUCUUACUCUUGAAUGAAAUUAAAUGUGUGAAUGUUAAGAAAGUUAGAAGGGGAGGUUUAAGGAUAAUUGGAUUGCAAAGCUUUAAGAAGAAAAAUUUACAAAUGCUUCUAGCUUCAAAACAUUUACUGAUUAAAAAAAAGAAAGAAAAAGAAGAGAUCAUUUAUUCAUUAGCUUUUAAAAAUUUGUUAUGAAUUUAUCUUUUUAAUAUUGAUAAUAUCCUGUUACUUAUAGUUACAGUUAAACUUUGUUUGCUUGUACACCUUUGAACUGUGUUGCAAGCUGUAUGUGUAUGUAAAAAAAUAAAUGAAUCAAUCAUAAAA